AUGUAUACAAUAGAAAACCAAACAGUGAUUUUGGAACUGUUUCUCACCGGUUUGUCUGAUGAUCAGAGUAAUCAGCUUAUUCUCUUCAUGGUCUUUUUCCUCUUGUACGUAACUACACUCAUUGGGAACCUUCUCAUUCUUUUUAUCAUCACCAUGGAUUCAUGUCUGCAUUCCCCUAUGUACUUCUUCCUUGGAAAUCUAGCUUUGCUGGACAUUUGUUCUUCCUCAAUCACCACUCCAAGGAUGCUUUCUGACUUAAACACUAGUAACAGCAUGAUUUCCCUCUCAGCUUGUAUUACCCAAAUCUAUUUCUUUAUUUCUUUUGCUACAUCUGAAGUUGUCUUACUGGCUGUGAUGUCCUACGACCGGUAUGUUGCUGUGUGCUAUCCCCUACACUACAUGCAAAGAAUGACUUGGAAAGCUUGUGUUCAGUUAGCCUUGGGUGUUUGGCUUAUGGGCUUGUUAUAUUCAUUGCUGCAUACACUUUUCACACUGAGGUUGACUUUUUGUGAUUCAAAAACUAUACACAGUUUUUUUUGUGAUUUGUCUAAGCUGUUCCAGAUUUCUUGUACUGACACCUUCAUCAACACCUUAAUCAUUUUUAUUUUCGGAGGAUCCCUUGGAUCAAGUUGUUUCAUAAUAACUUUUUUUCCCUACAUCAGUAUAUUUACCACUGUGCUAAACAAUCAGGUCAGAGUUAGUAGGAUUAAAACACUUUCCACAUGUACAUCCCACCUCACAGUGGUCUUUAUCUUCUAUGGAACUCUCCUUUUUAAUUACUUUCGACCAACAAGCGACUAUCAAUUGUCAGAAGACAAAAUAGUUUCUGUUUUUUACACUGUGAUCACUCCUAUAUUAAACCCUAUCAUUUACAGUCUUAGGAACAAGGAGAUUAAGAAAGCUCUAAAAAGAAUAUGUAAAACCUGUUUAGCAUGA